GUGAGUUGGCAACAUUAUUCGCUGAUCGCUCAUGUUUUUGUAACCUCUUUUGGCAACAUUUGGCUGAUAUGUGAUUAUUUAUUUGGAAAUAAAAAUUAAUGCACGCAAUUUAAAUAUAACUACGUCUUCGUUUGGUAGAUUAUAUAAAUUACGUGCAAAAAAAUGUUUAAAUCUCUUCAAACCAUUUGACUUCAUAACAAAAAUAUCUACCCGAUGUGCCUAUUUUGACUUUUAUUUAUUCUUCUAAAAUAAUUUUGCACUAUUUUAAACGUGAUACUAAUUAUAAUACUAUAAAGUAGAGAAUGUAUCAUGUAUCACGUACUUAGAAUAGUAUUGUACAAAGUUUGGGUCGUGUCAACUCUUACUCUAUUUUCUAGUGUCAUAGUUUUUUGGUUCUAUGGGUUUCUCACAGCCCUCCUUGUCUUCACUCUUGGCAUGACUGGCAUUUUGUACAGUGCCCAGGAUCUAUUAUUGUAUUAUCCAAAUGAUCCACCAGACUCCAGAGCGUUUGUUUUACAACCUAGUAAUUACAAGUUGCCAUAUGAAAGCAUCAAAAUUAUCAAUAAAGAUGGUUUCAAGAUCCAUAUGUUUCUUAUAAAACAAAUGACAAAUAGUAGUCUUAAACCUACAAUGAUAUUUUUUCAUGGCAAUGCAGGCAAUAUGGGUCAAAGAUUGUCUAAUGUAUCUGGCUUCUAUCACAAAUUAGAUAUUAAUAUCCUUAUGGUGGAGUACAGAGGGUAUGGGCUUUCAGAAGGUACUCCUUCUGAGUAUGGUCUUUAUUCCGAUGCUCAGGCUGCAUUUGACUACUUGAUGCAAAGGACAGACAUUGAUCCAACAAAAAUAAUGUUGUUUGGUAGAUCUCUAGGUGGAGCUGUUGCCAUAGAUUUGGCUUCGAGGUUAGAAUAUAGGAGCAAAAUCUGGGCCCUGGUAGUAGAGAACACGUUUACAAGUAUACCUGACAUGGCUCAAAUUAUUCUAAAAUGGAGAUGUUUGUUGUGGCUACCAGAAUGUUGUCAUAAGAAUAAGUAUGUGUCAAUCAAGAAAAUUGUUCAUGUAAUGGCACCAACGUUGGUAGUAUGUGGCUCAAAUGACGCUUUAGUGCCACCGUCUAUGGCGAAAGAGCUUUACAUGAAAUGCGGAGCGAUAUGUAAGAAAUUAAUUGUGAUGCCAGGAGGCGGACAUGAUGACACUUGGACUUGCAGGGAUUAUUACACGUCCGUGCAACAGUUUUUAAUCAAUGUCCCGUCAUUAUCUGAGAACAUGGGCCCUUUCUUUGACGAUGUUACAAAGGAUUCUGCCAAUAGACAUUCCAUAGUGCAUACGGUGUAGAGAUAUUGAAAUUACAUUGUAAUUAAAGGUGUCAAACUUU